AUGGAGGCGCUCGCUCUCCCCUUCAGCGUCAAGGUGCUCGCGGACGGCGCGUCGGAUGGUACACAAAGCGUAAAACAUGACUUUCGGUCGCUUCUUCCAGCGGCAACCCGCACGAAGAAAGACCACAUAAUUGUACCACAGGCCGACAUCGAAUUCCUUGAAGGUGAACUUCUCGUCACGCGAUUGAACAAUAUCCAAAAGUGGCUUUGGUUAUGUGGGCGUCCCAUGCCACCGAGACCACUUCAUCGCCAAGUAGUCUUAUCCCGCAAUAUCACAGUUUCCGAGGAGAUAGAACUGCAUCUAGUGUGGCAUAAAUACCGCAUUUUCAUCAAGCCACUACCGCCUUACCCGCUGGAUCCGGAUUUCUGGGCAUCACACCUGCUCGCUUCGGGGACGAAGUCAGACGGACGGUCAAAACAAGUCGCAGACGACUUCCACAUCGCAAAAGACAACGGCCUGCUCCCAGAGGCCGUCUCAUGGGAAGGUUGGAAAACGCUCUCGGCGCAGUUUUUGCAGCACUAUUCGUACACCUCAGAAAAUCCGCGGCACUGUUACGGCGAGCUGCGCCUUUCUUGGCUGAACAAGGUGUACAGGUUUACUCAGGGGUCAAUGCUGCGUGGAUACUCCCAAGUUGCCGCGCACAAGUUCUACAUCGACCUGAUCAAGGACAACUUCAGAGUGUUGGCGGCGGUACUGGGUUACGUCGCCAUUGUGUUGACGUCUACGCAGGUUGGACUGGCGACGGAGGAAUUGCAGGCCAAUAAGGCGUUUCAGAGGGCUAGUUAUGGGUUCACGGUUUUCUCGAUCGUGGCUCCGUUGAUUGUGGCAGUGGGGAUACUGCUUAUGGUUUUGGUGCCGUUUUUCGUCAAUUGGCGAGCUACGAAGAUAUAUGAGAGGUUAAGGUUUAGGGAAAUGGGGGUUCUGUGAAUUUGGUCGUAUUCCCAGGAAUGGCACAUAAUCAAUGUAACUGAAAAGGGGUAAGGCAAGC